AAGUUAAGUAUUCUCUGUAUGAUACCAUCCACUCUGCAGAGUGUGUGGGGGAGAAAUUCAUUGUAUCCUCACUUUAAGACAUUGUUAUACAAUAGCCUACACACAUGCGGGGUCUUUCUUAUUUUUUCCUCUUGUUCCUGAUCCGAGUGUCUUCAGGCACCUUCAAAGUCACUGGCCUGGUUGGACACAAUGUCACUCUGCCGUGUAGUUAUGAUGCCCAAGCUUACGGCGUCCUGAGUAUCUGCUGGGGACAAGGGAAGGUGCCUCGGUCCAAAUGUUCCAGCACCAUCCUCUCCUCCCAGGACGGGGCUGUGUCUUUCAGGCGGUCCCCCAGGUACCAGCUGCAGGGUCGGGUGACAGACGGAGACGUUUCCCUGACCAUCCUGGAUGCGCAGUGGGAUGAUGCUGGUGUGUACGGCUGCAGGGUCGAGUAUCCCGGCUGGUUCAAUGACUACAAGGUCAACACACAGCUUAUUAUGGAGGAAGCUCCUGUGGAACAGCCUGUUACCCAAAACUGUACACUUUCUACUGUUGAGGGAAAAGGUGAACAAACAGGAACGCUGACAACAUUUGCAACUGAAAAUGUGGAAGACGAUCAUGAAUCACGGACCAACAUGGGUUUUACUGGGAGAGUAAGAGUUGAGGAGAACUUCAAAGGCUUCCUGGCAGUGGGGAACAUUGGCAGGGUGGCAGCUGUUUUCUUCUUCUCCAUAAUCACAAUCCUCGUCUUUGUUUUCCGUCGGAGGCUUCUGUCCAGGGACGAUGGACAUCGGCUCAACACCUUAACUGCUGAGAAUAUCUAUGAAAGCAUCCCAGUGCCUUAAAGACAGCAAACGGAAUGAGAGCACAGAUUUCUAUAAGCAACUUCAAGCUGAAAAAGUAGCCACGUGUCAUGUGUCGAAAAUCUCGAACUCAUUAAAUAACUGAACUCUUUUGAAAAUGGGAACAAAAAAGAUCCAUUUCCACAGUAAAGCAGCUUAUCUUCUCAGAUGGCACUAAAAAGGGUAAAUGUGAGUCAGAAGAUGCAACACUAUCCCGCACAUUAAUUAAUUUGCUUUUAUUUUCUGUUUUUCUGUGUUUGCCCUGAAAAGCAUGUGACUAGUUUAUGCUUGUGGACACAACGCCACCUACUGGACCGACUGAAAGCUGUUAUCACAAUCCUCAGUAAUGUGAAAACCAGUUUGGUGGUGAAGAGAAGACAAGAGCUGAAAUUAUGAGAGGCUGGGAGACAUGUGUAUACAGUUCUCCACCGUGUAUCACAUAACUAUGGACACACACACACACACACACACACACACACACACACACACACACACACACACACACACACAUUUCACACGUUAUAGAUGUAUAAAUAUGUAAACUACAUUUUAACCACAUUAUUAUUAAUUUUGUGAUGAAAUAGAAAGAUGUGGCUCAAUUUAACUGUGAAACAUUAAGAACCAAAAUGAGCUUCCACCUCUUCUUAUGUUUUCUUUCUUUCUUUCUUUCUUUCUUUCUUUCUUUCUUUCUUUCUUUCUUUCUUUCUUUCUUUCUUGUUAAUAAUAAAAAGGGCUACUCUUAUUGCUUUCUGUGUGUUUCUCCUAUGAAUGAUCCAGUAAAAAAACUUCAUUUUG